CAGCGGUCCGAGUGAACACUUAAAUACUGAUGUGGUUACUCAUUUAUUCAUCACUCUGUUCUCCGCCGCAGUGUCCGCAGAGGGCGAGCCCAGCUCCCUGGACUCCCGCGCCAGGUUCUGGCUGCACACGUGAUUCCUCCCGCGCGCGGAGGUGGGAGACAGCGGCAGCUCACCCGCUUUCAGGUCGCUGAUGCGGGGCCAUCACGUGGCGUAGUGUGAAUCACUUCUGGUUUCACGCUGGCAUCUUCCCAGGCAGGGGCGGGCUGGAGGAGGGGGAGUGCCGCUCGAGACUGGGGAGCAGCCCGGGUCCGCAUCGCUCCCACUUGCCAGCGCCAAGGGGAUGGCCAUGCCGGGAGGGACGGGGCGGGGCAGUUUUAGGGCGACAGCUUUCCGGAGCAGGGACGUCUUGAAGGACGACUUGGGAUUGGCCGGGAGACGCGGAGCGGGCAUUUCAUACCCGGCCGAGGGUGCCGCGCUGCCCGCAGGCGAGGCGGGGUUUCCUGGGGACCAACGCGGGAGCCCCCCCCUCCCCCCGCGGAGGCCUUGCGCCCCGCCCACGGUCCUCGCGGCGCUCAGCGACCCUCCAGCUCCAGGCUGGUCUGCAGCAGCCCGGGCGAAGGCGUGGGGGCCACCGUCCUCUAGCUCUGCCGCACCUCCGCGCGGGUACGGGUUAGGUCGCGAGUCGCGGGACGCCGGCCGCUAGGCGGGGCGGGAGGCGGGGCGCUGACGUCGCGGCGCGGCCGGCGGCCGGGAGGCGGGGAGGCGGCGGCCGGCUCGGCCCAGCCCAACCCGCAGCUGCGGCGGCCGAGCCUGUGGGCGGCGGCGGCGGUCCGAGCCGGCUCCUGACUGCCCUCCGCCGCUGCCCAGUUUCUCACUUGGUCCUGGUGUCCACGCCUGGUUCGGCCAGCCCUCACCCGCCGCCGCUUCCCCCGCCAUGGCCCUGGUACGGGGCGCCGAGACGGCGGCUGGGCCCUCCCGCUGGCUACCCACGCACGUCCAGGUGACGGUGCUGCGGGCCCGCGGGCUGCGGGGCAAGAGCUCGGGCGCGGGCAGCACCAGCGACGCGUAUACGGUGAUCCAGGUGGGCCGUGAGAAGUACAGCACGUCGGUGGUGGAGAAGACGCCGGGAUGCCCCGAGUGGCGCGAGGAGUGCUCCUUCGAGCUGCCGCCCGGCGCCCUGGACGGCCUGCUGCGGGCGCAGGAGACCGACGCGGGCCCGGCGCCCUGGGCCGCGGGCUCCAACGCCGCCUGCCAGCUAGUGCUUACCACCAUGCACCGCUCGCUUAUCGGCGUCGACAAGUUCCUGGGCCAGGCCGUGGUGGCGCUGGACGAGGUCUUCGGCGCAGGCCGCGCCCAGCACACACAGUGGUACAAGCUGCACUCGAAGGCAGGCAAGAAGGAGAAGGAGCGUGGAGAGAUCCAGGUCACCAUCCAGUUCACGCGCAACAACCUCAGCGCCAGCAUGUUUGACCUGUCCGUGAAGGACAAGCCUCGCUCCCCCUUCAGGAAGAUCAAGGACAAGAUGAAGGGCAAGAAGAAGUUUGACCUGGAAUCUGCCUCUGCCAUCCUCCCGAGCAGCGCCCUGGAGGACCCCGAGCUGGGCAGCCUGAGCAAGAUGGGCAAAGCCAAGGGCUUCUUCCUCCGCAACAAGCUGCGAAAGUCUUCCCUGACCCAGUCCAACACCUCGCUAGGCUCGGACAGCACCCUGUCCUCAGCCAGUGGGAGCCUGGCCUGCCAGGGCCCCGGGGCCGAGCUCCUCACCCGCUCGCCCAGCCGCAGCAGCUGGCUGUCCUCCGAGGGGGGCAGGGACUCUGCACAGUCCCCCAAGUCGCUCACCCAUAAAAGGACCUACAGCGAUGAGGCCAGCCAGGUGCGCGCCGCUCCUCCCCGGGCCCUUCUUGACCUUCAGGGCCACCUUGACGGGACCUCCCGCUCCUCUCUCUGCGUCAACGGGAGCCACAUUUACAGUGAGGAGCCCCAGGGGCCCCUGCGGCACCGCAGCUCCAUCUCCGGCCCAUUUCCGCCCGCCGGCCCCCUGCACACUGUCUCCUCCCGGCCCUCUGAGGAGGGGCCGCGCUCUGCGGACGAGUCCUGGGGCAGAAGCAGCCGCCGCACCGGCAGCUCAGAGGCGGUGCCUGGACAGGAGGAGCUAAGCCCGCAGGUGCUGGGCGUUGGGGCCCGCUGCUCUGGAGAGGAGGAGGGGGCCUGGCCCUCAGAGGGGAGGCCGGUGCAGGUCGCCACACCCAUGGUGGCCUCCUCUGAGCCUGUGGCCGAGAAGGAGGGAGCCCGGAAGGAGGAGCGGAAGCCCCGGAUGGGCCUUUUCCACCAUCACCACCAGGGGCUGAGUCGGAGCGAGAUGGGGCGCCGAGGCUCUCUGGGGGAGAAGGGGGUUCCCACUCUGGGGGCCUCCCCGCACCACUCGUCCAGUGGGGAGGAAAAGGCCAAAAGUAGCUGGUUUGGCUUGAGAGAAGCCAAGGAACCAACUCAGAAACCCAGCCUGGACGUGUCUCCUCAGGUAGAAUCUGACCCAGCUGCUCUUCCUCACCUCCUCCCCUGCUCCCCCUGCGCUCGCCCCCCCACUCCUGCUCCCACCGCUGCUCCCAUGCUAAGCACUAACCUUUUUGCAGCCACCUCCCCCGCUGCUGCCACUGCUGCCGCGGCUGCCACCGCCAUCCCUGAAGCCGCCCCAUGGGGAUUCUUGGGUCUUUCCAACCCGUUCCUCUCCUCCCUGCAGAGCAGCCCUUUCUUCGAGGAACUCAUAGCCGACACAGCACUAAACUCUCCUUCACCUGCUCCCUCUCUCCCCAGUGCCUCGAGGGCCAGCCCCACUCCCCUGGCCUCCCCUGGGAAAGCCCCGCCUGAGUGGGACGACACCUUCAACAUCUUUGCUGCCAGCAGGCUGCGUCCAGAGGCCAGGACUGAGAGCUUGGCCCCAGCAGGAGUGGGGCUGGAGGCGACUGGGCAGCAAGACCCAGGCCCUGGGGCCGUGGCAGUGAAAGCAGCGGAGCCCCAGGGGGACCCUGGGGGAGGAGAAGGGGGUGGGAGCAGCGUGUGGCUGGAGCCCAGAGUUCCUCUGGACUUGGGACUGGACCAUCAGAGCACGAGUGUGGUUGACCCGGGGCCCCUCGGGGCGGAAGGGGCCUGCCUGCCCUCCGCGUCAGCCCGGCCGCACCCGAGAGCCUCAGACUCUGAAGCAGACAGGGAGUUGCCAGCCCCAGGAGGGGGAGCAGGGCAGAGUCUGGCAGACAGUGCGACGUCUCUGUUUAGCUCCCCAGAAGUGAUCAGUGUGUGGGAGAGGCUGCCUGGCCCAGACAGUGCCCCUGAGGGCCAGGACGAGGAGGCCUCCCAGGGUGGCAGCCAGCUUUUCCACGAGCUCGACACAGUCGACGAUUCCUGGCCGUGGGAUGUGGUCACCGUUUCUCCUGCAGCUGAGGCUUCCUCACCGGUCCUGCGGGGAGAGUCUGAUGAGCCGCCCACUCCCCAGAUGCAGCCAGAGUCACCAGAACCUGUGAGCCCCAAGAGGCGUGCGGGGCUUCCCCCACUGGAGCCGGAGUCAGAGCCCAAACCUGAGUGGGUGUCGGACAAGGGGCUGCAGCCCAACACACCACCUCCCAAGCCACCGCGUCUCUUCACACCCUCAGGUUCCCAGGAGAAGGAGGCAGCGAUGGAGGAAGAGAAGGAGAAAGCGGCAGGGGGGCUGAGUAGCAGGGGGUCAGAGAUGGGAGGAGAAGAUGUCUUCCCACGUGCGUUGACUGCUGGUCCCCCGGAGGCCGAGGAGGAUGAGGGCGAGAAACCCGAGUCGGAGUCUGACAGCCGCUCUGGAGCCACGCUGGGUGGGCCAGGCCUGGAAGAUCUAGCAGAGGAUGCCAGCCCUCCUGUGUCUGGGCCCUGCCUACCUCGGCCCACCAGCUGCCCUCAGGAUCCUGCCGCGACACCCUCAAAGACCUUGGCUCUUCAGAGUCAGCAGAUCUGGGGGGCUCCAGAGAGAGAAGAAGGCCCUGAGGCUCCUGAGGCCCAGAGCCAGGAACCAGUAGGAGAGGCAUGUGGGUUCCUGUCAGGCAGCUCCCAACAGGCUGACUUGUGGGUCUCGGAAGAGGAUGCCUUGAACCCCUUCUUGCCUCAGGGGAGCCAAGAUCCCCCCAGCCUCCCGUCCACAUCCCUUCCAGGGUCCAGGGACCCUUCCGUCCACUGUGGUCCUGAAGAGCUGCCCACCCCCGCAGAACCUGCCUUUCCGCGGCCCCCUCUCCCACCCUGGGCCAGCCGCCACCACGGGGGGCCCAGCCCUCCGUGCUCGCCCCUGCCUGGAGCCUGGCCCCUGACCUCUUGCUCCCCACCCCCCGGGGAGCCAGCCUCCCCCACUGGGAGCUCCCCCCCUCCACUUGGGGAGGACCACGCUGCAGUCACCCCAGCCUCCCCGCUUGCGCUUCUGCCCUUGGAGACACGCCCAGCUGAGGAGCCACAGCCCAGUGCCAGUCCCCACCCUGUGAAGCCCCUCAGUGCUGCCCCAGUGGAGGGCAGCCCUGACAGGAAGCAGCCCCGCUCCAGUCUGAGCACAGCCCUGAGCAGCGGGCUGGAGAAGCUCAAGACGGUCACAUCUGGCAGCAUUCAGCCUGUGGCUCCGGCCCCCCAGGUUGGCCAGACUGUGGACGCCAAGAGGCUGAAGGACUCCGGUGUGCUGGACCAGUCGGCCAAAUACUACCACCUGACCCACGACGAGCUCAUCGGUCUGCUCCUGCAGCGGGAGCGGGAGCUGAGCCAGCGGGACGAGCACGUGCAGGAGCUAGAGAGCUACAUCGACCGGCUGCUGGUGCGGAUCAUGGAGACCUCGCCCACACUGCUGCAGAUCCCCCCUGCUCCCCCCAAGUAGCCCUCUUCACCCCCCUCCCCAGAGGCUUGGCGCAGACCCACUACCCAGCAGGGCUCACGCCCUCCCUCCCUCCCUCCCACUGAACUCUCACCUGGGUCCGGGUGCAGCCUGUCCUCUGUUGUCACCCCUUGUUCCCCCUCUCCCCUGCCUCAAACUGGGGCUGCUGGCUGGGGAGCCCUUUGGACUCCCAUUGGUGCCAUCAAGUUCUGUGCACAACUUGUGUCUUUGGGAGCCCUGAGUCUUUCCCAUCUGCCUAUUUUCAUACCCCUUAGCUUUGGGGGCUCUAGGGAAUUGGAGCAAAGAACUUAGCCCUCAAGAGGGAGCAGGGGUGAGCUGCAAUUCGAUGUGGUGGUAUCUGGGACAUACUUUAUUACCCGCAUUUCUUCCACGGCUAAACCCUCGUCCUCUCCACCUCCCUCCAGCCUCUGGAGGUCUCCUAGUAGUACUGGGGCUGUGGCAGGGACCAAGCGCCCAGUUCUCUGUGAGUUAUGGGCAACCAGGGCACCUACUCUUCAGCCUCACGUCCAAUUCCCCUAGGAGCAGGGAGCCUGUAUGGUCUAGUCUUGUCUCUGCCGUGUCCCAAGUCUGAUUGCUUUCAGCUGUUUGCUGAGCGAGUGCAGCGUGGAUGGAGGGAGAUGAUGGGGGCCGCUCCCCGCCCUCAUCUUCUGACCUUUGCAUUGAGUGUCGUGUGUGAAUGUGUGGAGAGCUGGGACAGGAGUGGGGAGAGCACCUUCUCACCCACCUCCAGGCUUUGGGCUGCUUAUGUUUGGGGAUCAAGCCUCCAGCUUUGUUCUCAUUGCCCGUCCAGAUGCCAAAACUCUGUGCUGCUGCAGGGUUUGAACUUUUGGAAACCAAUUAAAAUGUGCCUUUUGUGGGUAGGGUCAAAAGCCUCUGGAGGUAGACCUCUCCCCCUAGUUGGCGUCCCCCUCCCCUCGUGUUGAGCACAUGGGGUUGGAUCUUUUGGGGCCCUGGCAAUGGGAAAGGAGGGUGGGGGCAGCCCUGCUGCAUGCCCUGCCCCUCCCCUAGAGUUAACUUCAGCUAAGGUUCCGGCCAGGCUGCUGCUGCUCCCUCAGCAUCCCUGCCUCAUCCUCCUCCUCCUCCCUCAACCCAAAUUGAGGAGGGUCCUAGGACAAAAACUACAUUCUGGGAGUGGGAGGUCCCCCUCUGCCCAUACUUAGGAAAAAGCCUUUCUUGCCUCCCAUUCGCCCACUAGCUGCUGACCAGCCUGUCCCUUCUGCUCCACGUCCUUGCCUGGCUUGGCUGCAGUGCACUUUGAAACAAAGUGUCUGUCCUUUGGCCCGGCCCCUGGUUUGCUUGCAGAAAACAUGACAGACUUGCCCAUGGCAUCUGCAGGGAAUCUUUGGUGGCUGGGGGGUACUCUGCCUUAGCGUUGUGGGGUGAGGAGGUGCUGAAGGGGCAUGCUUUUGGCCCACCGAGAAGGUGAGAGCUCCUCUGUGACUACCUCUUCUUCGUGAGACGGCCUGUGGGGUCACUCGGACAGCCAUGGAAAGGGAUGUGCUCUCUGGCUCAUGUCUUCCUUCCGCCAGGAUGAAGCCGAGGAGCCCCACCCAUGGGGGAAAGCCCCUGUCAUGUUAUCUACCUUAAGAAUCACUCGUCAAAGCUGAGGAGUGUUCACAGGUGCUCAAGACUUUGGUCAUGUUUUGGGAGGGUCCUUGGGGGUUGGAUGGGUGUCUCUUCAGGAGGAAGGGGAUCACUCCUCCACUAGGUGUUCCUCUGGGCUCUGUUCAGUCUCAGUCCUGAUCCUGGUCUUCCACUCACCCUUGAUUAUGGGCCUCCAAAAUGCCCAGGGCAGGGGUGUCUUCAAAGAGUUUUGAGCUGAAGCCCAGGGUUCUUGUGGCUGUUUUUGCUCCUAGCCAUAACUUGGAGGAGAGCUGCAGGUGGGGUGGGCAGGGAGCAGGCACAGUUCUGCUUUGCUGUUUGUCUUCCUAGUUGUAACGCCUGUUUAUAAAGAGCUUGUUCUUCAUGUUUUGAGCACUUUAUGAAGAAUAAAAAAUUAACAUACUG